UUGUGGUUAUUCGUUUUUAAACGAGGAAAAAUAUGGUUAUAUGAAAACGAACAAUCGUGAUAUUUAUUAUUUUACACUUCUAUAGCUGUUGAUGUGCAAAAUAGUGUCACAAGUGUCUGUUUGACAAUACCAAUAAAGUGUGUUAAGUGAGUUUUUGCGAUAUAACACUUUAAUAACAUUAAUUUUGACUAGUCAAAAAUCUUCUAAGUAUAUAAUAUCAUGGCCUCUAAUGAUUAUGCAAAUGUAGUGUUAAUUAAAUUCAAUUUUUAAAGACUGUUUCGGCGUUACAAGUAUUUUUCAUUAUAUUAACAAAAUAUGUUAAAAUCAAGGAAGAAAAUGCUGCCACUGCCCAGAUUGAGAAUAUUUAUUCUCUGCGUGUUACUUUUAUCAUCAUUAUCAGUACUCUAUUCACUAUUACUUAUGUUUGUUAAACAUGGUCCAACUGUAGAAGAAGAAAUGGAACAGGAUGAUACGAAAAUGCUACCAGUACCAGUGUUCGUGAAAGAAUCACACAAAAGGGGAUCAAGAACACCGCCAGUACAGUUAGAUUAUGUAGUAGUGCAUUUAGACUUUAAAGGAAUGCCACCGAAGUUGAAAUACUUAGAAUCUCUAUUAGUGACAUUAAAAAGGCACGGCGUCAAUGGUUUACUGAUGGAGUAUGAAGAUAUGUUCCCUUUCGAAGGAAAGCUAGCCAAUUUGAGUAUCGGUUAUCAUUAUGAAAAGAAUGAGCUGAGAAAAUUCCUGCAAACUGCAGUGAGACUAGGAUUUGAGAUCAUACCCCUUAUACAGACUUUUGGUCAUAUGGAGUUUGUAUUGAAGCUGAAUGAAUUCGCACAUCUAAGAGAGAAUCCUAACCGUCGGGAUUCGAUUUGCCCUAGCCAAGGUGAAAGUUUACAGUUGAUCAAGGAAAUGUUAACACAGGUCAUUCAAUUUCACAAAGAAAUUGUUCCUUUGAAACACAUCCAUAUUGGCUGCGACGAAGUAUAUGAGAUGAAUAAAUGCAACUUUUGCAAGAAUAGACAUCUCUCCAAAUUGGAACUCUACCUGAAGCACGUGUUAAAAGUAGCUGACAUUAUAAAACAUCUCUCUCACAAUACAACUGUACUUAUUUGGAACGAUAUACUUCUAGAGACAAACAAAGAGUUCUGGAAUACAACUGAACACAUUAACAAUAUAGAAGUAGUUUACUGGCACUACAAACCAAACAUAUACCUAUCACACUCUGCCUUAUAUAUACAACACAAAGUUUUCCCAAACAUAUGGAUAGCUUCAGCUUUUAAAGGGGCUGAUGGUAUAAAUUCACUCCUUCCAAAUAUAUCUAAUAGAGCGUUAAAUACUAUGAGCUGGAUGACCCAAAUUCUAGAUUAUCGAUUUGGAGGAGAAAGCACAGUAUACAAUUUCAAAGGAAUCUUCCUGACUGGCUGGUCCAGAUAUAAUCAUUUUGCAUCUGUAUGUGAUCUCCUCGUACCCUCAAUACCAAGUUUACUAUUUGAUUUACAAAUUGUCAACCAAUUCAGGCAUGGAGUUGACGUGAAAGACAUGGAUAAAGAUAACAUUCGAUUUAUUAAUGGAAAUAUACAGAAACGAGUAAAACAUGACUUAUCAUGUGAUGUCAAUUCAAAAAGGACAUUUGAUUUUACAUCGUGCAAGUUCGAAGGUUCGGAAUUGUAUAGUGUACUUAGCAAUUUCGCAACAUUAAUGAAUAACAUAACUGUUCACGUCAAUACUAUACUCACACAACGUGAUAGGGGAAAAACAUUUAAGGAUUGGUGUAGCAGAAAUUACGAAGAAAUAAAUAACUUUAGAUCUAUAUUGCCGCCUCUCUUAACUCCUUAUUAUGAACAGAGACUAAUCAAUGAAUAUGUUCAUAUAAAAUGGUUAGAAGCAAAACACAAAAUGUCUAUUUGCUCUCUACCAAAAUUUAGAAAAAAUGUAGCCACUUUAUCAGCCCGUUAUUUCACUUCUAAUGCAAUUACUAAGAGUGACCUGAACAAGUUAAACGUAAUCACAAAAAUGAACCUGAAGAACUCUGCCAUAAAUGAAUCCAACCGUGGGGAAAUGAAAUCAUCACCGAUAAACUUGGAUUAUGUAGUAGUGCAUUUAGAUUUGAAAGGAAUACCUCCAAAGUUGAGCUACUUGAAGUCCCUGCUGGCAACGUUGAAAAGAAACGGCGUCAAUGGCUUGCUGAUGGAAUACGAGGACACGUUUCCUUAUGAAGGAACAUUGGCCAAUUUGAGCGUUGCUCAUCAUUAUACGAAGGAUGAGUUAAAAACAUUUCUGCAAGUAGCUGCAACAUCUGGAUUAGAAAUCAUACCUCUGGUACAGACUUUUGGGCAAAUGCAAUAUGUACUCAAACAUGAGGAGUUUCAGCAUUUGAGGGAAAACCCUGCACGCCCUGACACGAUUUGCCCUAGCCAAAACGGAAGCUUCGAACUGAUUAAAGAAAUAUUGACACAGGUUCUCGGAUUUCACCAGUCAAUCGCUCCAUUGAAACACGUGCAUAUUGGUGGCAAUAAAAUAUCGGUAUUAAACGAGUGCGCAUUCUGUACUAAAAGAAAACUGUCCCAUGCGGAGCUCUUCAUGAACUACGUGGUAAAAGUCGCUGAUAUGGUAAAAAAUAUCGCACCCGAAUCAACCACUCUUGUAUGGUGGGACAUGAUUCAAUCUAUGAGUAAUUCUUUAAAUAACUAUACAGGGCGCUACGACUACAUAGACGUGGUAUACUGGUGUUACACUCCCAAAGUAAAUAUACCACUUGAACUUCUAUAUAACGUACAUAAGAAAUUUGCGAACACAUGGAUAGCUUCGGCAUAUAAAGGCGUCGAUGAACCAAAUUCAAAUUUACCGAACAUCGUUCACAGAGCCUUAAAUACUUUGAGCUGGAUGAAGAAAGUUUUAGAUUAUAAUUCAAAAAAAACAAACACAGGACACCAUUUGAAAGGAAUCUUCUUGACGGGUUGGUCGCACCGUCGUCUUAUCGAACCUAUUUGUAAUUUACUCGUGCCCUCGAUACCGUGCCUACUCAUCGAUUUAACAAUCAUAAACCAAUUCAAGAAUAAAGUUAUUAAUGUAAAUGUUGAUUAUUCUAGAGUAAUGAAUGAUGUAGCAAAUUAUAUAAAAAUUACAUUAAAUUGUGAUCACAAUAUCGACUUUACAAACGAUUUGACAUUCUGCAAAUUUGAAGGAUAUGAAUUGUACACUGUAAUGUACAACUACGACGAAAUUUUGAAAAGAAUAAACCACGAUAUUCAGGAGUUACAUCAUUAUGUAAAUGUAAGACCAAAUGUAAAAAUAGGCAAUAGCGGCACUAUAAAACUACAAGAUCUUCAGGCUUGGUGUAAAGUUAUAGAAGCUGAAAUACAUAAUUUUACAGACGCAUUCAAGUCAUCUAUGGCUCCUUAUUAUGAAAAGACUGUUAUUGAGGAAUACAUCGACGAUAAAUCUAUAGAAGCAAAUAUGAUAAUUUAUUUGUGCGACACUUCAUAUUGGUAA